AUGUCCAUCCCCAUUCUGUUUUCGCUUAUUCUUGUGGGUAGCUUUUUGGAAGGAUCAUGGGGAUUUGACAUCCAAGCAUUCCUUGCAUCCAAGAAGAAACACAGCAUUGUUCUGCCACUAACUCCUUCCAGGUACUGCGUCGAAUCGAAUCAACGUCUGCUGGCCGCCUUUGACACAAUGGUCGAAGGGAUAUCCUCCGAGUGUGGCUUUGUUCCGGUGACACAGUCGGUUGUGCAGGAAUAUACCAUUCCCUUGUUGGGAGACGACUGUGUCUUGACAUUUGUACCGCCAGCAGCUCCGUCACUUGGCGAUCUGGAUGCAACAACAACGACUGCAGGGGCGCCACCAAUGGAGUUUGUGCUCAGUUUGGAGGGUGCUCAGACCACUGAAGAAGACUUUGGAUGGAUCUGCCAAAAGUUCUACGAGAGUCGAGCUACGUUUGAUGAUGAUCAUGGGUUUCAAUUGCUCGAUUUGUCGAGUCUUCGGGAAGAAGUGUUUCAGCACGUCAACAGCAACAACCAGCCAUCCCAUCCUGGAAAUCUCGCUUCUGAUUCCAAACAGUCCUCUCACAAUAACGACAACGUCAUGGAACAAUUGUUUCAAACGUCAUUGUCGUCCGCUUCCAACUCCAAAGAGGUCUUGCAAGAACUUCAAUCCAAGGGUUUUGUGCAGUUGCACGGGGGUCCCAAGACUAGUGACCAAUCCAACAUGAACUUAUCCAAGUAUCUGCUGCAGAAAACCGGCCAAGGAAGAAAAAUCCGUCGCGAUACGGUAGCAUUUUUGGACCGAGAACAAGCCAAACCCUGCGGCUUGGAAGGCCACUGCGACCUCCUCAUGGGCAUGGCGGAUUAUUUGAAUCGACACUUGGACUUGUCGUUCAUUGACAGCAGCACUGGAUAUGCCCCGAUUGCACCUGCCACAAUCCUGGCACCCCUGACGACUCCCAGCAAAAUUCAAGCUGCCGAGUACGGACUUGGCGAUUUCUAUGUAGCACAUUCCGACAAUUCUUGGUACAAAGACAAUAAGGGCGAGGAUUCAUUGACAACGAGGAGGAACUAUCGGUGCUACACGGCUAUUUUGUAUUGCAAUGACGAUUGGGAAGAAUCCGAUGGUGGUGCCCUUAGGAUCUACCAUGAUUCGCAACAUUACUCUCGGGUAUCCGAAGCCGUGACAACGGAUCCAACAAAGUACACGGAUGUCAUUCCUACCAAUGGCCGAUUGGUCAUUUUUGAUUCCAAGUUGGUCCAUUCGGUAGAGCCCGUCUUGACCGAUCGACGGAGACGAGCCUUGACGGUGUGGAUCUUGCAACCCACCGAUGAACCAGUCCUUGGAGAGAUCGUGGAUGUUCCUCUCUAA